AUGCUAAGAAAUUAUCAAGUAUUUAUCUCAUGGUACUUGAUACUCAUUUCUUCUGCUUUUUUUCUUUUUCUUCUUCCAGAAUUGUGGUCACUUAGGAGUGAAUUUCAUCAGUUAAGACCUGGAGAAAUUAAAGAAUCCCAGGAGGAUUUUUUGAUGAUUCAUCUCUUCAUAGGAGAUGAUAAUAAAAAUUACAAAUUUGUGGUGGCAUAUAAUGGAAUAACAUAUUUCGGUAGACAUCAUCUUAUUGAAUCAUCAUCUUAUCUGAGCUUUUACAAGUCUGUUGUCACUUGGGUUUGGUUUCAUUUUUUUUCCCUGUACUGUUUGGUGCCAAAGUUCUGGAAUCUGUGGCGAGAUAAGUAUGACUUCCUGGAACGGCUUCCUGUCCCAUUGCUCCUGUACAUCAUUUCCUUUCUGGAGCUUGAAGAUAUUGCCAGACUUUCUCAAGUUUCACACAGGGCGGGACUCGUUUCGGUUGUUUUGGGACGAGCCUCUUGCAGAAUUCCCGGUGCUGCGGGGACGUUCCGCCGCCAGAGGGCGCCGGGCUCCCGGGGCACGGCCGGAGUCACCGGGAACGGGGAAGAUCCGCGGGAACGGCGGGAGCGGCUGCGCUCCUGUGACAGUGUGCUAUGGGAAACUAUUGUGGAGAACUUGUGUGACACAAUCACACCUGAAAUGAAGGAGCUGGCACAGGAAGAGGGCUGGAAACCAUUCUUCACACACAGAUGUCCACUGCAGCUACAGCUCUGAAGGAGGAGACAGAAACAAGAUGUUCAGAACAAACAACUGAAUAAAGGUGCACUUUUCACUGAAACAAUUGUUGUAAGGUGUGGGUUUGCUGUUUAUCGGGUCAAACACAUGGACUUCUUUACUGAGGAAAGCAGGUUUUUUUAAGGAUUGAAAGAGGAAAACCAAAAUAUUUCUUACUAGGAGCAACAUGUAAACAAUACAAUCUUUAAUAUGUUGGGCAUCCUGAAACUGUGUUACAAUCGGCAUCAUAGCAGUUACUAGUAAUAUAAAUGGUUGUGGUUUCUUUGUACUUCUUCAUUUUGACUUCUCUGGUUUGUAUACCUGCUAUCCAUGCUCCAUGGCUUACAGCAGUUGCUGUGGCAUUGUCAUUAGUACCCUUACAGAAGCAUCUAUCACUUCGUACUAGAAAAAUUGUUCCUGAGCACUGGGCCUUUUACUGUCCCCAUGGUAAAUCUGCAGUGUUUACAGGCCAAUAACAUGUAACUCAUUUCCAGAGUUUAAUGUGUGUUGAAAUGUUUUUAAAUUAAUUAUCUAAACUUCAAACAAAUAAUAAUUUUGUCACCACGAAGAAAAUUCUUUGGAGACUGAGGGUGUGGAUCAGACGAUCAUCCUCAUCUUGGACAAUCCUUGAACACCAUAUUAGAGGCACUCUGCCAGGAUGGCAAAUGGGAAACGUGUUUCCUUCAUCCUGCUGAUGCAGGAACUAAUUUACUUCCAUUGUUUAAGUUGCAUAUUUGAUAAGAAAUAUUUGCUGUCUUUCAAGACUGUAACAAUGGUUCCUUAAGAGUGUAUAUAUGUAUGUAUGUAUCUAUCAAUGUUCUGGAAGCAUUUGGUGAUUAUUGAUCUUAGAAUAUAUAUAGAACAUAUAUAUCCUUUCUUCUUUGUGAUUCUUUCAUUUUAGGAUAAUGACAAAUACAAAUUUCAUUAUGUGGAUAAAACACUGUCCUAACUGAAUUAAUAAAUGAAUAGAAAGUGUAUUUUUGGGUAAUGUAACUUUAUUCCCAACAUACGGCCCAUAGAAAGAUAUAAUGCAGAUAUCACAAGUGAACAGCAUAUUAUUUAUUACUGUAAUAUGCAAAUAAAGUUACUUUUGACAAAAGACAAAGUGAAGAUCUAUGUAUGAAGGGCACAUAUCUUUCAAAAAGAAAAAAAAGGAAAAUAAAGGAAAUCAU